AUGACAGUAACACCCUCACCUCUGUCCCACCCCGUCCACCGAUCCAGGCUCCAGCCAGUCCGUUCGUCGAUUUCUCUUCUCGUAUUUCCCAUCAUUCUCGACGCAGUGAAGUGAUAACAAGCUGCUUGAGGAGAGUAACAAGAGCCAUGCCUAGCGGUUGCAGCAUCAGAGCUUUGUGGAUCCUCAACAACAAUCUCGACGCCGUCGUUUUCUCUAGGAGGUUUCCCGUUGUGGAGAAGCGGUGGCGGACGGCUUGCAAUAGUGAAAAAGAGAGGUCCAGUGAAGAUCCUGUUAAAUAUACUUUCCGGCCAUUCCUUCCCACUGAUUCAGAGCUAGCAGCUGCAUUUGUCGAUAGGAAGAGAAGGGAGGGAUCUGUGCGUGGAUUUGGCAUACGUGUAUCUCAGUCAGCUGAAGGGUCUGAUUCCUGGGUUGAUGAUCCAAUUACGCGUCAUAUUAUCGGUCUUUCCAUAGACACAGAGGAGGCAGGAGAGAAUCACCUGCUGUGGCCUUUAAUUUUGCAUGUGAAGGGCCCUUACUGCAUCCUUUUAUUGCCUUUAGUUGAGCUUAGACAUGUGAAGGCAUAUGCAAGUUUAUGUAGAAGAUCAGACUGUGGAAAUGGAGUUGGAGCUGAUGGAAGUUUGUCCUCCCUCCUCCUUGAUCUUCCGUCCAUCACAGGGGCAUUCAUGGUGGCUCAUGCUAUUGGUGACGUUAUUGGUGGUGAUGUGAUUGAACCAGAAGUGGUUGUGAGUGCAUCACCAACCGUAGGAGGACUGUUUGAUUCCCUAACUGGUAGUAUUGGGAUAGCAGGUAUAUCUGCUAGAGCAAAACCUGUUGCUGCACCAAUUGCAUCUGCUACACCUUCCAAUGCUGCUACAGUAGGAGCUGUUUCUUCAGAUGCUCCAAAAGCUGGUUCAAGGCCAUUGGAUAAAGAUGCACUUCGAAGUUUUAUAAGUAGCGCCAUGCCCUUUGGUACCCCAUUGGAUCUCAGCCAUUCCAAUGUUUUUGCUAUCAAAGUUAAUGGUUUUUCUGUGGUGGAUCAACCUACUGCUGAUCUCAAGCAACCAGCAUGGAAGCCAUAUCUUCACAAAGGAAAGCAGAGAAUAUUGUUUACAAUUCAUGAAACUGUUCAUGCUGCCAUGUAUGAUCGUGAUGAGAUUCCAGACAGUUUAUCUAUUUCUGGUCAAAUAAACUGUCGAGCAGAAUUAGAAGGAUUGCCUGAUGUAUCACUUCCAUUGACAGGGUUGAGCACAGCUCACAUUGACGUUUUAUCAUUCCAUCCAUGUGCUCAAGUUUCAGAACACGGUUUGGAUAAGCAGGCUGUGAUGUUUUCACCACCACUAGGUAACUUUGUUUUGAUACGUUAUCAGGCAAUCUGUGACCUUGGACCUCCUGUAAAGGGAUUUUACCAAUUGUCCAUGGUAUCUGAAGAUGAAGGUGCAUUUUUAUUCAAGUUGUGCCUGAUGGAAGGUUAUAAGGCUCCUCUGACAAUGGAGUUUUGCAAUGUGACUAUGCCUUUUCCAAGGAGAAGAGUUGUUUCUUUUGAUGGGACCCCUUCAACAGGAACAGUCUCAACGACAGAGCACUCUGUUGAAUGGAAAAUCAUGGCGAGUGGACGAGGUCUUUCUGGGAAAAGCAUGGAGGCAACUUUCCCUGGAACAGUUCGAUUUGCACCGUGGCAAAUACAAAGAUUGCCUUCUUCUAGGUUGGGCCCGGGAAGUAUGGCCGAUGAUGAUAGUGAUACAGAGACACACAGUGCAAGUAAUAUGGUUAAUGUCGAGGAAUACCUAAUGGAGAAAAUGAAUAAAGAUCUUCCUCCAGCUGAUCUCGAAGAGCCGUUUUGCUGGCAGGCAUAUGAUUAUGCCAAGGUAGCUUUCAAAAUUGUUGGGGCUUCAUUAUCUGGGAUGUCUAUUGACUCUAAAUCUGUGAGCAUAUAUCCUGCGGUGAAAGCUCCUGUAGAGUUCUCAACUCUGGUCACUUCUGGGGACUACAUCUUAUGGAAUACAUUGGGUAAGUGCCCUUCUGCAGCCCCAGCAAUACCAUGAUGGCAGCUUGCUACUGGCCAUAACUAGUCCCAGUAAGCAUCAAAAUUUCUUUUGCACACGCUAAACUGGGAAAGGAAGAGCCCAUAAUGACGGGCGACAUCAACAUUGUUGAUAUUUUUGCCUAAAAAAGGAUGGCUUGCAGACCUUUUUUGGAUUUUGCUGAGUUCACUUUGUGUAAAUGUUGUUUAUACAGACCUUUUUCGAAACAACAUUUGUUGGCAGUUAACAUUAUUUGAUA